GCAUCGGCGGCUAGACGACGCACAUACGGCGGCGGCGACGGCGACGGCGGCGGCGGCGGUUCCGGCGUCUCUCCUUGCAUCUCCGUCGGCUCGCGCGUGUCUUCGAAAUCAUGCGUAUGGUAGCGAUAGUGUUGGUGAUCGUCGCGGGGUCCUUCGUCGUAGCGACCGUAGCGGCGUCCAAGGAUCGCAAUUAUCCCCAUUUCUUUAAGCACCGGACGAGGCUGAGGGAGAUCCGCGGUUUCAAACCAGAGUACAUCUCCACGGCGAUUGGAUUCGGGAAGAGGGACAAUCCGGCGGAUGCCCCGGAUCUCAGCGGGCGCGAGAGAGACCUGUUGUCGUCUCUGAGGAACCUCCCGCGUGUCGUGUCCACGGACGCGCUACUCCGGAUGAUGCAGACGAAUCCCGCGUUGGCUGGCAAACUGACGCGGCUCUCGAUGCAAAGCGACCAGGGCGAUCAGGAGGAACCGAUGACGGAACCCUCGAGGCCCGGGAGGACGUUCGAGCUGUUUUAAAGUCCCUGCGAUCGAGACGCGAACGGCGAGUUUUCGGAGGGACGCCCAUCUUAGAGUCUCAGACGAAACGUUCGAUAUUACCCUGGAAGCAUAUGCGUUGUUCUUAUUACAUUUCUCGAGUCUUCGCGCGAGUAUCGUGUAGAUGCUUAUUAUUCUUGCCUCCCUCGUAUUGUUUCUCCGCGAUGAAGGUGCGCGUAGGAACGGUUAGGAGGAGGGACGUCUUUCCUUUUUCUUUCACCCGACAGUCGAUCGAUAUACGAUUAAACUUUGUCCUAGAAUGAUGUCCAAUAUACGUUUAUAUCAAUAGAUGAAUUGUAUAAUUGACUGUUUCUCUCCUUUGUUUUCAACGUUGAAGAAUAUAUGUGUGUAAAAUUGAGGAAAGUAGAUGGGAAAAAUAAAUGCACAUUCUCCUCUUUAGAA